AUGGCGCCUCAGCCCUCGGGUGCGCCGGCUGUCCAAGUGACCCACGACACGGAGCCGCCCUUCCCGGUCGCCUCGAGCGCGCAAGAGCCCUGCAUCGUGUCCGCUCCGCCCAGCCCCACUCGCGUGUCAGGGGACCCCGUCGAGGCCGAAGGGAGCGGCUGCCGAGGGGGCGCCAGGAAGCUCCGGGCGCGGCGUGGGGGACGCAGCCGGCCCAAGAGCGAGCUGGCGCUGAGCAAGCAGCGGCGGAGCCGACGCAAGAAGGCCAACGACCGCGAGCGCAAUCGGAUGCACAACCUCAAUUCGGCCCUGGACGCGCUGCGCGGGGUCCUGCCCACCUUUCCCGACGACGCGAAGCUCACCAAGAUCGAGACGCUGCGCUUCGCGCACAACUACAUCUGGGCGCUGACGCAGACGCUGCGCCUAGCGGACCACAGCCUGUACGGUCUGGAGCCUCCCUGCGAGGAGCUGGGCAGCCCGGACGGCGGCUCCCGGGGAGACUGGGGCUCCCUCUACUCCCCGGUCUCCCAGGCGGGCAGCCUGAGCCCCGCCGCCUCGCUGGAGGAGCACCCCGGGCUGCAGGCGCCGGCCUCCCCUGCCUGCCUGCAGGGCGCCCUGGCCUUUGCAGACUUUCUCUGA